AUGCAACCGUACUUGGCUCGGCCCGGUCAGGAAACCGGAGUCUUUUACAUACCCAUAGCAAACCUGCCUUUCGACACAAAUUGGAGGCAAUUCAAGGAUUGGCUCCGCGAAGGUUGUGUGGUCGACCAUGUUCAAAUCUUUGGACCUAGUACGUCUGGCUGGAUUAGGGUGUUGGGCCAACACAAUUUCUAUGGUGCCUGUGAUCGCCUGAAGGAGGGCGUGUUCCACGGCAGGCGGAUCAUGUUCGACGAUCGUAACAUGUCAAACCCCAUCAUGAUAAAGGAUGUUGAGGUGAACGAGAACUCAGCAUCUACACGCACGAGAUCGCAGAGGUCUGAAUACACAGAUCCAAACUCUCAACAGACUAGCCCGUAUUCGUAUGAUUCCUAUCCAGAAGCAUCGUAUUCUCAGUGGGACCAGAAUAAUUGUGGUUUUCGUCGAGACUACAGCACUCAACAGCCAGCCAUGCGUUAUGCAGACGACGGUUUUAGUACGGGCACGUACUCUACUUCCUCUGGCCAAACCGACACCACCUUCCAGGCCCUAGGUACUGCACGAAGCACUUCCGACGCACUCGGUGUGAAGGACUGGAAUAGGUACAAGAGCGACUCAUUUUUCAUCGGCGAAGGAAUCACCGGAGGACAACCACAAAAGCCAGUGUCUCGUCCAAAGAAGAGCGGCGACUCGGCAAAAAAGAAGAGAUCGACCGAGAAGUCCAAAACAUCAGCAACGCCCAACUCGAAUAGUAAUCAACCAUCAGGCGAUUCGUCAUCUUCUCACCAAUCGCAAGCAUCAAAGAAACUCCCGUUGAUUGCUAACGGCAGCAAGCCUCCAUCAAAGUCCAAGGAGAAAAAAGGGUGAUAGGAAGGCACCUUGCCACUGAUUUCAACAACUGAAUGCGCCUCAGAUGACAUAUCCCCAG